CUUUGAGCCUGUGAAUUAUGGGGGCUUACAAGUAUGUUUCUGAAUUAUGGAGAAAGAAGCAGUCCGAUGUUAUGAGGUUUCUGCAGAGGGUCAGGUGUUGGGAGUAUCGCCAACACCCUUCAAUUGUUCGUGUUACAAGGCCCACACGACCUGACAAGGCUCGCCGUCUGGGGUAUAAAGCAAAACAGGGGUAUGUUAUCUAUCGUGUUCGUGUUAGACGUGGUGGUCGGAAGAGGCCUGUUCCCAAGGGCAUUGUUUAUGGAAAGCCUACAAACCAGGGUGUCACCCAGCUGAAGUUCCAACGUAGUAAGAGGUCAGUUGCUGAAGAACGUGCUGGCCGGAAAUUAGGUGGUCUGAAAGUUCUCAACUCGUACUGGAUAAAUGAGGAUUCUACAUACAAAUACUAUGAGAUAAUCCUAGUUGAUGCUGCCCAUAACGCAAUUCGAAAUGAUCCAAGGAUCAACUGGAUCUGCAAGCCUGUGCACAAACACAGGGAGCUUCGCGGUCUCACAUCUGCAGGAAAGAAAUACAGAGGACUCCGUGGAAAGGGUCACCGGCACCACAAAGCACGCCUUUUUCGCAGGGCCACUUGGAAAAGGAACAGCACGCACUCCCAUUGA